AUGGACGAAACAAGCAAAGAUUACGAACAUACUUUGAUACAAAUACGAACUAUUACCGAUGAUGUCAAUAUCUUUCAACAGCGAGACGAAUGUAUUGAUUUUCUUAGUAAUACUCAAGAUAUCAAAUUUUUUCUCAUUGUUGGGAAUACUUUGGCUCAACAAAUAAUGCCUCUCAUCAAUGAUAUUCCUCAGCUAGAUAGUGUUUAUAUUCUCAGUAACACUGUAUCUGUACACAAAGAAUGGACAAAAGAAUGGAGCAAAAUCAAGAGCAUUCAUAUUAACACCAGUGGUUUAUGCCAAGUAUUACAACUAGGCAUCAAGCAAUGCAGUCAAGAUUCGAUCGCUGUGAGUUUUGUUACAAUGGAUGACAUGAAGUCAAUUGGUAAUUUAAAUGAGUUGGAGCCAACAUUUAUGUAUACUCAGAUAUUCAAGGAUAUCAUCCUUCAUAUGGAACAUAGUGAACAGGCCAUCACAGAAUUUAUUACUUACUGUCGACAUAAUAACUGUGUGUCAACAAGAAAUAUUGACCGUUUUGAGAAAGAAUACCAAGCCCAAUUAUCUAUUUGGUGGUAUACUUUCCCAUCCAAUAUAUAUUCUAUGCUCAAUCAUGGCCUUCGAACAUUAGACGCCGAUAUAAUUAUUACUAUGGGUUUUUUUAUAUCUCAUCUACAUCAACAAAUUCAACAACUCCACGAGGAACAGGCCAAUACUUAUGGUACAGAAAUUUUUAUAGUUUAUCGUGGACAAGGCUUCAUGAAAUCAGACUUCGAAAAACUUGAGAAAACGAAAGGUGGAUUAAUAUCAUUUAAUAAUUUCUUGUCCACAAGUAAAGAUAAAGAUAUCUCCCUCGGUUUUGCUCAAGGUGCAUUAGAAAACGAAAACAUGGUGGGUAUUCUAUACAUAAUCUCCGUUGAUCCUUGUGUUAACUCAGUACCAUUUGCCUUCAUCAAGGGUGUGAGUUAUUAUAACGAGGAAGAUGAAAUGCUCUUCUCAAUGCACACUGUCUUUCGAGUGGGUGUAAUUAAGCAAAUGGACAAUAACAAUCAACUUUAUCAAGUUGAAUUACAAUUAACAUCGGAUGAUGAUCAACAACUACGAUUACUUACUAAUCGAAUACGAGAAGAAGCUAUUGGUAGUACUGGAUGGCGAAGACUGGGCAAUUUAUUGCUAAAAAUUGGUCAAUUUAAUAAAGCUGAAGAACUUUGUAAUGUACUACUUGUACAGACAUCUGAUGAGGGUGAAAAAGCGCAUUAUUAUCAUCAGCUAGGAUCUGUUCAUUCGAAUCAGGGUGACUAUAAAAAGGCUAUUUCGUAUUACGAACAAGCGCUUGAAAUUUCGGAAAAUAUUCUACCUUCGAAUCAUCCUGAUUUGGCUUCUUCAUACAACAGCAUUGGUAAUGUUCAUAGCCAGAUGGCAGAUUACUCGAAAGCACUUUCAUUUUACGAAAAAGCACUUGAAAUUUAUCAAAAAACUCUUCCUUCACAUUAUCCUUUAUUGGCUACUUCAUACAACAACAUCGCUUCGAUGUAUAACGACAUGGGAGAGUACUCGAAAGCACUAUUAUUGUUCGAACAAGCACUUGAAGUUUAUCAAAAAAGUCUUCCUUCAAAUCAUCCUCAUUUGACUACUCCUUACAACAACAUCGCUUUGGUAUAUAAGAACAUGGGAGAGUACUCGAAAGCAGUCUCACUGUUCGAACAAGUACUUGAAAUUGAUGAAAAACGUCUUUCUUCAAAUCAUCCUUCUUUAGCAACUUCAUACAACAACAUCGCUUCGGUGUAUAACGACAUGGGAGAGCAUUCAAAAGCACUUUCAUUUUACGAAAAAGCAUUUGAAAUUCGACAUAAAAGUCUGCCUUCAAAUCAUCCACACAUGGCUACUUCAUACAACAACAUCGCUGCGGUGUAUAACAACAUGGGAGAUUACUCGAAAGCAGUUUCGUUAUUCGAACAAGCACUUGAAAUUUACCAAAAAACUUUUUCUUCAAAUCAUCCUGAUUUGGCUACUACAUACAACAAUAUUGCUUCGGUGUAUAACGACAUGGGGGGGUACUCAAAAGCACUUUCAUGUUACGAAAAAGCAAUCGAAAUUAAUGAAAAAACUCUUUCUUCAAAUCAUCCUAAUUUGGCUACUACAUACAACAACAUUGGUCUGGUGUAUAACAACAUGGGGGAAUACUCGAAAGCAGUUUCAUUAUUCCAACAAGCACUUGAAAUUCGGGAGAAAACUCUUUCUUCAAAUCAUCAUGAUUUGGGAACUUCAUACAAUAACAUUGCUUUGGCGUAUACCAACAUGGGAGAGUAUUCGAAAGCAGUUUCGUUAUUUGAACAAGCACUUGAAAUUUAUCAAAAAACUCUUCCUUCAAAUCAUCCUGAUUUGGCUACUGCAUACAACAACAUUGCUGCAGUGUAUACGAACACGGGAGAGUACUCAAAAGCACUUUCAUUGUUCGAACAGGCACUUGAAAUUCGACAAAAGUCUUUUCCUUCAAAUCAUCCUGAUUUGGCUACUACAUACAGCAGCAUUGGUUUGGUGUAUAACAACAUGAGGGAAUACCCGAAAGCACUAUUAUUGUUCGAACAGGCACUUGAAAUUUAUCAGCAAACUCUUCAUUUAGAUCAUCCUGAUCUGGCUUAUUCAUAUAACAACAUCGCUUUGGUGUAUAAGAAUGUGGGAGAGUAUUCGAAAGCAGUUUCAUUGUUCGAACAGGCACUUGACAUUUAUCAAAAAACUCUUUCUUUACAUCAUCCUUAUUUGGCUACUUUAUACAACAACAUUGGUGAUGUGUAUAAGAACAUGGAAGAGUAUUCGAAAGCACUCUUAUUUUACGAAAAAGCACUUGUAAUUCGAGAGAAAACUCUUCCUUUAAAUCAUCACAAUUUGACUAUAUCAUACAACAACGUAGCUUUGGCGUCUAAGAACAUGGGAGUGUACUCGAAAACAGAUUCAUUGCCCGAACAAGCACUUGAAAUCGAUCAAGAAACUCAUUCUUUUAGUAGUGGACAGUAG